AUGAAAUCACAAAAACAAUUUCAUGAUUGGAUUAUUAAAGAACCACUUGGUAGUGGAACAUAUGGGAAUGUAUUUCGUUGUUUGAAUAUAAAAACAAAUAAGAGUGCUGCAAUAAAAAUCAUUAAUGAAGAAAGUAUUGCAUUAAAUGAAACUACUAUUAUUAAAAAUCUACAAGGAAAUGAAGGUAUUAUUCGAUUUUUUGAAUGUGGAUAUGAAUUAUAUGGAUAUUGUUUAGUAUUUGAAUUACACAUAAUAAAUCUUAAUCAACUUCGAUUAAAUCAACCAACAUCAAGAUUCUCUUCACAAACAUCUUUUAGAUUAUUAUUUAAAAUGAUAAAAAUUGUUGAAUAUAUUCAUUCAAAACAAAUAAUUCAUUGUGAUAUAAAACCUGAUAACUUUAUGAUAUCUCAAGAUGGAGAUAUUAUUUUGAUUGACUUUGGUUUAUCAGAACAUUAUCAAGACUUUUCUUAUCAUCAGAAAUUAGGAUUUAAAGGAAGUCUUCAAUUUGCAUCUCCCAAUCAACACUUAGGAAAGAAAUAUAUUCCAAUUGAUGAUAUUAUUCCUUUAUUUUAUAUUCUUUAUCAAAACAUCACAGGAAUGUUUAAUCAUUCUUUAAUUCCAUUAUCUCUUACAUCAUUAUUUGAAUCAUUUAUUUGUAAUUCAUCUUGA